CCAUUAUUUUCUUCUUUCACGUAGUGGCUCACUCACCAUGGAGGUUGCCUCAACUGCUUCUAGCUUCGCACUCAACAAGCCAAUUAUGGCAUUGCCGUCUUCGUCUCGAACCGUAACCCCUAUUCGAGCCAUGAGUUCGUCGACCUCCUCCGUCAGGACAUCUCUCUCCACCAAUUUCAUUGCUCCUCCUGCCUUAAUCAGCAGCGCCUCUAGCCAUUUCUCCGGCUACAAGCUCCGACCAUCCUCCCUCAACCCGGCUUCAUUUGGUGGCUCCAACGCCAAGCGAGGCGUCAUUACUAUGGUUAUUCCAUAUUCAAGUGGGAGUGCAUUUGAACAACCUCCACCGGACUUGGCUUCUUACUUGUACAAAAACCGAAUUGUUUACUUGGGCAUGUCUCUUGUUCCAUCUGUUACUGAGUUGAUUCUAGCAGAAUUUCUUUACCUUCAAUAUGAAGAUGAUGAUAAGCCUAUCUACCUCUACAUAAACUCCACUGGGACAACUAAGGGAGGUGAGAAGUUGGGUUAUGAGACUGAGGCCUUUGCAAUUUAUGAUGUGAUGAGGUAUGUCAAGACUCCUAUUUUCACUCUUUGUGUUGGUAAUGCUUGGGGAGAAGCAGCAUUGCUUUUGGCUUCAGGUGCAAAGGGAAACCGCUCUGCUUUGCCAUCAUCAACAAUAAUGUUAAGACAGCCAAUUGCAAGGUUUCAAGGUCAAGCAACAGAUGUUAACCUUGCAAGAAGAGAAGUCAAUAAUGUGAAGGCAGAAUUAGUUAAAUUGUAUGCAAAGCAUAUGGAAAAAACACCUGAGCAGAUUGAAAAUGAUAUUCAGCGUCCAAAGUAUUUUAGCCCCAGUGAAGCUGUUGAGUAUGGUAUCAUAGACAAGGUUAUAUACAAUGAUAGGGGGUCUGAGGAUCGUGGAGUUGUUUCUGAUCUUAAAAAGGCACGGCUUAUUUGACAGUUGGGAUUUGAAUUGCAAUUUUCUCGGAGUUCAGGCACUUUUGUAUUUGGCCGGAUUUAGUUUCAUCUUGUUAGUUGGCUUGCUUCACAACACGCGUUGAAGACACAUGUAAGGGAGACACAGGAAUACCCCACUCGCACAUUUGCUGGUCCGUUGGUCUCUUGGUUAUGUAUUUUUAUGCAUUAUCUAAUUUAAGUGGCUUUGAUGGAGUAUUGUCAAAAUUGAUGACCAUUAUAGAGAUUCGACUUUUUUGUUUUUUAAAACAUGAUUCCAUUUGUUUCCUUUUUUGGCAUUGAUACAGUAAGUAUGUAGCAAAAAUUGUGAUUGUUUUCUUGUCUACAGGAAUUUGUGUGGAAAUGGUAGUUUUUGUGGAUUCCUUAUUUUCUUGGAUAU